AUGCCUUCGCAAGUCAUUCCUGAAAAACAAAAGGCUAUUGUCUUUUAUGAGACAGAUGGAAAAUUGGAAUAUAAAGACGUCACAGUUCCGGAACCUAAGCCUAACGAAAUUUUAGUCCACGUUAAAUAUUCUGGUGUUUGUCAUAGUGACUUGCACGCGUGGCACGGUGAUUGGCCAUUUCAAUUGAAAUUUCCAUUAAUCGGUGGUCACGAAGGUGCUGGUGUUGUUGUUAAGUUGGGAUCUAACGUUAAGGGCUGGAAAGUCGGUGAUUUUGCAGGUAUAAAAUGGUUGAAUGGGACUUGCAUGUCCUGUGAAUAUUGUGAAGUAGGUAAUGAAUCUCAAUGUCCUUAUUUGGAUGGUACUGGCUUCACACAUGAUGGUACUUUUCAAGAAUACGCAACUGCCGAUGCCGUUCAAGCUGCCCAUAUUCCACCAAACGUCAAUCUUGCUGAAGUUGCCCCAAUCUUGUGUGCAGGUAUCACUGUUUAUAAGGCGUUGAAAAGAGCCAAUGUGAUACCAGGCCAAUGGGUCACUAUAUCCGGUGCAUGCGGUGGCUUGGGUUCUCUGGCAAUCCAAUACGCCCUUGCUAUGGGUUACAGGGUCAUUGGUAUCGAUGGUGGUAAUGCCAAGCGAAAGUUAUUUGAACAAUUAGGCGGAGAAAUAUUCAUCGAUUUCACGGAAGAAAAAGACAUUGUUGGUGCUAUAAUAAAGGCCACUAAUGGCGGUUCUCAUGGAGUUAUUAAUGUGUCUGUUUCUGAAGCAGCUAUCGAGGCUUCUACGAGGUAUUGUAGGCCCAAUGGUACUGUCGUCCUGGUUGGUAUGCCAGCUCAUGCUUACUGCAAUUCCGAUGUUUUCAAUCAAGUUGUAAAAUCAAUCUCCAUCGUUGGAUCUUGUGUUGGAAAUAGAGCUGAUACAAGGGAGGCUUUAGAUUUCUUCGCCAGAGGUUUGAUCAAAUCUCCGAUCCACUUAGCUGGCCUAUCGGAUGUUCCUGAAAUUUUUGCAAAGAUGGAGAAGGGUGAAAUUGUUGGUAGAUAUGUUGUUGAGACUUCUAAAUGA